GGGUUGUUUCCUUUUGAUUCCUCUCCCAGGUGGAGGUACGCCUUCAACAGCAUCAUGGAGGUCCACAUCAGACGCUACAGUCGCAUGUGGUCCUGGUCCAACAUCAAACAGCACAGAGAGCACCUGAAAGUCUACAAGAGUGCCUAUAAGACUAAACUGUUGAGCCAGAACAAGCCGAACCAGGACACAGAGCGACAGGUCCAGGACCUGGAGAAAGCCCUGGACGUCUUCAACAUCACUUUAGCCCGGCAGCAGGCCCAGAUGGAGGUGAUCAGGUCCGGACAGAAGGUGGUGGGGAAGAAGGCACCAGGGGGGCAGAAGCAGGGAGGAGGUUUCUUCAGCAGCUUAUUUGGUAGAAAGGCCAAGAAGGAGGAGGCGGAGCCAGAGGAGUGCAAGGACACAGAAAGUUCAGGUUUGGACGAGCUCAUCACGGCUGAGGAGAAAGAAAAACUCUACACUGCAAUCGGCUACAGCGGCAGCUCUCACAACCUGGCUUUACCCAAACAGUAUGUCGCCGUGGUCGUCACCUUCCAGCUGUUCAGGACCUCAGUGACGGUCCGAGAGCUGCCAGACAUCCCAGAGAUCCUCAAAGUCCAGAUGAUUGACCUCAGCACCAAAAUAUCUCAGAGACCUGGAGCUCAGGCCUUCAGGGUGGAGGUGGCGCUGGAGCACUGGUAUGUUACAGGUUUACAGCAGCAGGGGGCGGUACCUUCGCUCAUUGCCUCAGUAGGAGACUCCUCGUCCUCUCUGCUCAGCGUGGCGUUUGAGGUAAACCCACAGGAGAGCGCCGCCGACCAGCUGCUCAGAGUCCACUCUCAGCCUGUGGAGAUCAUCUACGACGCGCUGACGGUGAACAGUCUGGCCGACUUCUUUAAGACGGGGAAAGGUUUGGAUCUGGAGGUCCUGACCUCGGCCACGCUCUCCAAACUGGAGGAGAUCAAAGAGAAAACCGCUACAGGUUUGUCUCACAUCAUUGAAACCAGGAAGGUCCUGGACCUGAGGAUCGAUCUGAAGCCAUCCUACCUGCUGGUACCAAAGUCCGGUUUCUACAGCGACACGUCAGACCUCAUCAUCAUAGACUUCGGCAGCUUACAAUUGAACAGUGUUGAGCAGAGCGGUCUCAGUUCGUCUCCGUCCUCCUUCUCCUCUUUGGAGGAAAUCAUGGAUCGAGCCUAUGAGAGAUACAACGUGGAGCUACGACGAGUCCAGGUGCUCUACAGCAAGUCAGGUGAGGCCUGGAAGUCAGCCCGGCUGCAGGGUUCAUCAGUCCAACACAUCCUCCAGCCAAUGGACUUCACUGUCCAGCUGGCCAAGUGUAUGGUGGAGAAGGACGCCAGGAUGCCCGGGUUAAAGGUGUCUGGGGAGCUGCCGCUACUGCAUGUUAAGAUCUCGGACCAGAAGAUAAAGAACGUUCUGGAACUGGUGGACAGCAUCCCGCUGCCCAGCAGGGGCUCCACCCCCUCCACCCCCACAGAGAAGGUGCUCUCGUUGGCGGAGGCCCGACCACGAGCGCUGGGCCUUCACCCCUCCCUCCUCAACACCAUGGAAACAGAUUCGGAUGAAGACACCAGUGAGAAGUCAACGGACGAGGAUCACCAGCGCUCGGCUCUGGAGGAGCUCACAGACCUUCACUUCAAGUUUGAAAUCAAAGAGGUGCUGUUGGAGCUAACCCGGCAGGUGGACCAGGAGAAGACCAUCCUGUCCUUAAGCGUCUGUCAGCUGGGAGCUGAAGGGAAGAGUCGGAGCUUCGACCUGAGGGUCUCCUCAUACCUGCGCAGAGUCACCCUGGACUACUGCGACGUACCAGACGGCAGGAAUCAUCCCCUCCACCUGAUCAGCUCCUCAGAGCAGCAGGGCUCCAACCUGCUGAAGGUGGAGUUCAUGAAGGCUGACCCCAGCGGCCCCAGCUUCCAGACUCUGUUCAACAACACGGAGCAAACACUGAAGGUGGAGUUCACCUCUCUGGACUUCCUGCUUCACACCAAAGCUCUGCUGUCAACCAUCAACUUCCUGAACAGCGCCGUGCCGCCGCAAUUCACCGCCGCUCGAGACCAAGACGCCCAAAAAAAGGUGGAAAAGACCGGAGCGGGCCGGACAGUGUCUAAAGGAAGCAAAGAUGGCGGCGUUUUCAGCUUCAAGCUGUUUGCAGUGUUGGGUUGUUUCCACGUGGAGGUGUGUGACGAUCGCUGCAGCAUCGCUGACAUCAGAGUCCAAGGAAUCGAUGCGUCAGUGUUGGUGCAGGCGAAGGAGACGGAGGUGUUCGCUCGACUCCGAGACAUCUUGGUCACAGACGUCAGCCCCAAAACUGUCCACAGAAAGGCGGUGUCCAUCAUGGGUGAGGAGGUGUUCAGCUUCAAACUCUCCUUGUUUCCGGGGGCAACGGAGGGGGAGGGUUACAGCGACACGACAAAGGUGGACGGGAAGGUCACAAUGCGUCUGGGCUGCAUCCAGAUCAUCUACCUGCACAAGUUCCUCAUGUCGCUGCUG